UACUGAGAUGUUUUAAGUUUCAAUGUGGUUGUAUACUUGGAAUAUAGGAAACUUAUAAAAAUAAUGAUUUCCAGAGGAUGUUAAAGUCUACAUGAAAUCUUGGUACCAAUGUCCCAAAAAAUGAUAAAAGAAUGAAACUGUAUAUUGAAAUCCUUAAUGAUAUUACUUAGGUUGACAUAAGAUAUAUACAGGUUAACGCCAUGAAAAGAAUAAAAGAAAUGCAUUCAGUUGUCAAAACAAAAUGGAAUUAUUAUUUUCCAAUGUUGUUUCCUUAAACCUCCAAGGUGUUAUUAGCAUGCAUAUUUUAAACUUAUAUUUCAACUAUGAUUUUGAGCAUAUUUAAAAUGCAAUGCAUAUUUCAUGUGCUUUGGUUUUCUUUUCAUGCAUAUGCUGUUGUUUGUAUCUUCUAAUUCUCAUUUAACUAUGCUUAUGUAGGCAGAUUGAAAUUGACAGUAAAUUUUUAGAAACACAGCACAUUAUGGAUUACAGCCUUCUGUUGGGUGUUCAUUAUCGAGCCCCUCAACACCUGCGAUCUCUUAUGUCUUACAAUCGAAGUUUAAGAGCAGAUGGGUUGGGAAUUGUUGCAGAAGAAGAAUCUAUGGAGGAUGAAAUCUCCAACUACCCACAAGGCCUUGUUCUGUUCCCCCAUAGAGGCGGUGAUAAUAGUAGUGUUGUAGGCCCUCAUAUCAGAGGCAGCCAAUUGAGGGCUGCAUCUGCUACUGGUGAUGAGGAAGUGGAUGUGGAUCUCCUUCUUCCUGGUACAGCAAGGUAUGAUCAUUAAACCAGAAUUCUUUUU